UUCCAGUCCAGUGUUUCCCAUCGAGCAGUCGGACCUAGCUGCAGUUCCACACAUCAAAAUGGCGUCGCAAGAUGAAUCGGUGAGGGAUUUUGUUGCAGUUACCGGUGUUGAAGAGGAGAGAGCCCGUUUUUUCCUCGAAUCAGCUGGCUGGGAUUUGCAGCUUGCCCUGGCCAGUUUCUUUGAGGAUGGAGGAGAUGAUGAUAUUGUUACCAUUUCUCAACCAGAAAGUGGCCCGGGCCCUAGAUCCACAGGCCCAAGUGAACACCGGGUGACUUCCUUCAGAGACUUGACACAUGGAGAUGAAGAAGAGAGCGAUGAAGAAGGUCAGAGAUUCUUUGCUGGUGGUUCAGAACGCAGUGGUCAGCAGAUUGUUGGUCCACCCAAGAAGAAGAGCACAAAUGAGGUGGUUGAGGACCUGUUCAAGGGUGCUAAGGAGCACGGGGCCAUUCCAGUCGACAAAGCAGGCAAAGGGCUUGGAGAGUCUAGCAAGGCUAAGGCGUUUGUAGGAGGUGGUUAUCGUCUGGGUGCAGCCCCAGAAGAAACGUCUGCCUACGUGGCUGGAGACAGGAGAUCCGCUAGCAGUACUCAAGAUGUACAUGUGGUGCUGAAGCUGUGGAAGUCAGGAUUCAGCCUUGAUGAUGGAGAGCUCAGAAAUUACAGUGAUCCUGCGAAUGCCCUCUUCCUGGAGUCCAUCCGCAGGGGGGAGAUUCCUCUGGAGCUGAGGCAGCGUGCUCGUGGUGGGCAAGUGAAUCUGGAUAUGGAGGACCAUAGGGACGAAGACUUCACCAAAUCCAAGCCUGCCUUUAGGGCUUUUACUGGGGAGGGACAGAAACUGGGCAGUGCCACUCCAGACUUGGUAUCUGUUCCAAGAAUGGAUCAGGUACUUCAGGCUGCGAUCGAGGCUCAGGCCUGUGCGCAUAUCAGCGUGGACGAGUCGCAGCCCGUCACCAGCAUCCAGAUUAGACUGGCCGAUGGAGGACGACUGGUGCAGAAGUUUAACCACACCCACAGGGUCUCUGAUAUACGCCAGUUUGUGGCAAGCGCUCGGCCAGCCAUGGCUGCAGCGGAGUUUGUCCUCAUGACAACUUUCCCCAACAAGGAGCUGACAGACGAGAGUCAGACACUGAAGGAGGCCAACCUGUUGAACGCGGUCAUUGUGCAGCGACUAAAGUGAUGGUGCCUUCUAGUGGCUAUGUUUUAUCACAUCACUCUGAGUUCCCUACUCAACAGGGGACACAUGGACUUGAGGACUUCUCAUUACUUAAUUUUUCUUUCCUUCGUGACAUUUUUCCUCUUUGGCAGUUUUGUGAUGGUGUGUACUUUUUGGAUAUGACAGAAUGGGGAGAAUAAAAAAAUAAUUCCUGUGAGAUGCUUUAAUGGAAGGAGAGAAGAUUAAUACCAAUUAAACAUACUAGGAAAACCUAUCCAAAUUGCAAAUAAAGAGCUUUCUGAAUAGUUUUUACCUCAA